AUGUCUAGGCACGAAGGUGUUAAAUGUGACGCUUGUGAGGCAAACGCUUUUCGACUCCGUCGGUACAAAUGCCUCCGUUGUGUUGACUUUGAUCUCUGUGGUCCAUGCUACGAUCGGCGUGCGGAGGCACUUUCGCACCGAAGGAAUCACCCAAUGCAAUGCCUCAUCCUCGAGUCGGAUCGCAAAAUUUUUUUCCCAAAUACUGUUAGUCACUAUCUUUUGCGCAAUUUGGUUUAUGCCUCUUGUUUUACUCGAAUUUCUUCCUGUUUAAAGAAGUCUAACGAAAUGCCGAGGAGUUACAUCUGUCCCAUCUGUGGGGCUCUGGGAUUCAAGGCUGUCGAUCUGGGAGCUCAUGUUCAUGCCAAACACAGCAAUUCUCGUAUGGGUGUUCUCUGUCCCCUUUGUAUUUACCCUCCUCCCGGUAAUCCUCCUGGUGGCAGGGGUAGCAAUCCCAACAGGGUACACAACUGCUUCUCCACCCACCUUAGUGAGGUUCACCGCCUCAAAGCACCCACGAGUGGUGCACCUACCGCCAUUUCCUCUAAUUCUUCGUCUUCGGCCGCCAUUGAAACCUUUUUGACUAGAGACCCCAAUCACUUUUACGAACCUACGAAAGCCAAACAACAAGCGUCUGCUCAGAGGAGCCGUGGCAGAUCUUCACUAAGCGCCGAUGAACAAGAGUUAUUCGACCUUGUUUCAGCCUCCUCCACGGACCCUAUGGGCCGAGGUUUGCACUUCCGUCUACAACGUAAUCUCUCUUCAUCUACUUCAGGUCAGGUUUCACACUCUGAGCUGGUUGCUAGCUCAAAGGUAAUUGAGAGACAGGCCGAUACCAUCCGACGGGAGGCAGGGGAUGAAGUCUCCGAACCCACACCACAAAUAACUUCUCAACCCACCAAAAACAUCAAUAACAGCAGCAAUAAUGAAGGUGACGAGAAUAAUGGAAACUCUGAGCCGCUUGAGCCCGCAACUUCGUCGGCGACAGCUGAUACAGGCACGGCAGUUGAGGAGGUCCAGGGAGGUAGCGUUGUCGUGCCAGCUGAAGCUACUUCUUCUCUUGUCUCUUACGGUGCUGCUGCUGCAAUAGUCGACUGCCGGCUGUUUGAAGCAGCGAGGAAGAAGUGCGAUCCCGUCUGGCUUUCAUUUGUGCACGAGUUGAUCUGGGACAGUCUGCAUAUUGCCGGUCUUUCAUUGACGCCAAGUGAGGGUGAGAAAAAGUGA